AUGCCAUCCAGUUCAAGGCCUACUACAGGCGCAUCGGAACGCACCCCAUUGCUGUCCUCACCCCCAUCGGAUGGUCCAGCGCCCACCGCCGACGCUGCUAGCGAGGAUGGUGUCCUUGGCAACGUCGUACCAGAAGAUUUGUCCGACCCGCAGGCACUCACACCGCGCACCAGGAACCUUGUCCUGGUCUCUGUAUGGUGUGUGAGUGCAAAACCUAGCUUCACGUUCAGGCACCUCAUCCCCCACCUCUAUAAGGAUCUGGUCGUCGGCUCGCUGCUCUCUGCUCUACUCUCCCACGCGACCAUAUGUACGUCCUCCAGCGCAGUCGGCUGACACUCGUCCACUUGCAUCAUUCAGGGCGUCUUUCUUGGAGCAGUCGAUGCAACCGUCGUGGCCUCGCUCGUCACCGACAUCUCGGCUUCGUUCGAAUCGUCGAAUCAAGCGAGCUGGCUCGGCACCAGUUAUCUCCUCAGCACCGCGUGCUUCACCCCUCUCUAUGGGAGACUGGCGGAUAUCAUUGGCAGAAGGUGAACAUCUCACGCGCAAUGAGACUCACUUGAUGCUAUCGCCUUCAUGUCGGAGAACCGCUCGCUGAUCAACAGCAUCGCAAUCCUCUGACGCCCGUCAGAUAUUCGGCACUGCUAGCUCUGUCACUCUUCCUCGUCGGCACCGCGCUCUGUGGACUGGCGCCGACAAUGAACCUACGUAAGAUGACCUGGCGGUCAUGAUACGUCUCCGGCUGACACGUUCUAUGGUCCACCUUCACAGUAAUCGUAGGCCGAUUGAUUGCCGGAAUGGGUGGAGGCGGGCUCAUGGCUAUCUCUUCCAUCGUCGCCUCGGACUUGGUCCCCCUCAAGAAACGCGCACUGGUCCAAGGUAUCGCCAACUUGUUCUUUGGAGCAGGUUCAGGCCUGGGUGGACCGAUGGGGGGGCUUAUCUCCGAUUGGGCAGGGUGGAGGGUGGCUUUCUUGGGUGAGCUCGAGCUGACGCCUUCAUGAAGUCCCUGCAGCUGAUGACUGUCUAUCGAUUGGACAGCUCAACUACCCUUACUGGUGGCCUCGCUGGCGAUGGUCUUGUGGAAAGUGCGAUACCGGGUACCCGGGCAGGGGAAAAGCAAAAGGGAGAUGCUGCGCCGAAUAGACUACAUGGGCGCAAUCACCCUCAUCAUCGCUGUGCGUUACCCUAGCUCUGCCGACAGGUCCUCAUACUGAUGCCGACUAUAUCCUUCGAUUCUAUUAGCUUGGAUCAUUGCUCUUCUCCUUAUCUUACAAGAACAACGAAGCCCUACCGUGGUCUCACCCUCUCGUCUGGUCCCUCCUGACUGUCGCAAUCGUCUUUGCGGUGCUCUUCGUCCUCGUCGAGAAGUACUGGGCCUUCGAACCAGUCAUGCCUUUGAGGUGCGGCCCUUUCGCAUUUCAGUAGCCUACCGAAUACUUACACUAACGAGCGGAUUCGUUCGUGAUGUGAUAGGAUCUUGAUGACGAGAAAUGGACUCUCGGUCGCCUUUGCCAACUUCUGCAUGAGCUUCGUCACCUUUUCAAUCCUUUACUUUGUCAGUUUACCGCGGGCGCUCCUUGUGCUCGAGGGCGAUACUGACCUUUUCGAAGCUGUUCUGCAGUAUCCCGCCUUUUUCGAAGGUAGAGGCAUCUUCGACCUCUCACAUUCGUGAGCAGCAUGUCACUGACCUCGAGGUUGGUUCUGCAGUCAUCAAAGGCUUGUCGGCAUCGCAGGCAGGAGCUCAUCUGCUCCCCAACUCGAUUGCGUUAUCAUGCGGAUCUCUAUUUGCUGGAUGGGUUAGUCCCAAGUAAAAAAAAAGAUAGCGCUCUGCGAUCAUCCACUCACACGACGACCACGUUCACAGUACAUUCGCCACACGGGCCGCUACUACAACCUCAUCGCCGUCACGUCGUUCCUGCCCAUCCUGGCGUUGGUGUCCGCAAUGACCCUCAAUGAGCACCGGUCACCGUUCAACGAGUGGCUCGGCAUCAUUCCUGCUGGCUUUGGUGAGUUCAUCAUCACUCCGAAAUCAAUCGGCACGCUGAACUGACGUGUCUUUGUUCUGCUAGGUUUCGCAUCCCUCAUCACGGCGACGUUGGUCGCUUUGAUCGCCUCUGUCGAUCGCUCCGAUAUGGCUACAGCGACAGGCAUCACUUAUCUGGCGCGCUACAUCGGCCAAGUCGUGGGCGUGGCCAUCUCGUCCAGUCUGCUCCAAGCCGUCUUGAACGUAACGCUGCAUCGACGGAUCACGGGCCCUGAUGCCGAAAAGGUGAGGCCAAAUAUUCAGUCUCCUCGCUUGUCGCGCAAACUGAGCUUCUUGGCACCGUUCGACUCGCAGUACAUCGACCAAAUACGCCACGUCAGCACGUCGAUUCCUUCCUUACCACCUUCGAUUCAACCUUUGGCUCGGUCGUCCUACCUCGACGCUCUAAGAGCCGUUUUCAUCCUCAAUGCGAUCGUCGCUGGGAUCAGCUUCCUCAGCUGUUUACCGCUUAAAGAAUUUCCGUUACCGGAUACGUUCAAGGAGGAGGAAGAGCGGAGGAGGGAGAAUGAGAACGCGCGGCUUGGGAGGGUGGAGGAAUGA